AUGAAGGAGCUAGCAAGCUCCCAGCUUGUGGCCGAAGCUCGCAAGUCCUUGCAAGCCCAGUCGACGCGGGACCAGUAUGAUCGGUACCAGGAGAAGUUCAUGGAAUGGUGCGACGUUUCUGGAUAUAAGGAUGAUUACAACGUCACGAAAGGCAAAGUAACCCGUUACUUUGCUUGCCUGACCUGCGAGACGGAAGAUCCUCAAAACGGUAUUAUACGGAUCAAACCAUUGCCAAGAGACAGGAAGGGCAACAACAGCAAGGACAAGUCCGGCGAACGGCGGGCAAAUAUGGAUGACCCGUGUUCUGAUGAUGAUGUCGAUGGAGGCGAUGUGGAGGACAAAAGCGAUGACGACUGCGAGGGGGACGCCAGUCGAGACGUUGACAUCCACAACAGCAACAACGAUAACAGUGAAGAGCGGUGGUACUCGACGGCAACCAUUCUCUUGCACCUCGCUGCCAUUGGCGACCUCUAUAAGCAUCAGUGUGAAGACAGGAACAAUUUAGCGAUGGAUUAUGGCACAGUUCCGGCCCCGAAGACGUACCUUCAACCUCUGAUCGACGUUUACCGCGUGAGGAUGUCCGCCAGGAAGAGGUCGACAGAUACCGACUUUGGCUCUAUCGACUUCACCCAGAACCCAACUUCGAUUGUUCGGCAGCUAAUGAAGCGAUUCUGGAUGCGCAAUGUGGAGGGCGCAGCCAGCUUGAGAAAGCGCCGCUUGAAAGGGUUACGCGACCGUGCGGAUAUCUCGACAAUAUCCAUAGCGACUAUGGGAUGA